AUGGCGCAUAGUAUGGGCUCUCCGUACAGCCCCUACUUCGUGGUGGACGUUGACAAACCAUUCAGUUCCAUUACUGAGAAGUAUUAUGUGUCCGAACCUUACAACCCCCCCCAUACCUCCGUAAUUAGUGGCACGUCUCACGGGAGAUUCCCAAGUUAUUAUGUAGAUGGUGAAGAUUAUUUUUAUAAUGGGGAAGAAGAUUUUCUGAUGAAGGAACCAGAAAUCAGUCAAGAUCCCAAACCAGACGAAAAUAAAACAGAGGAAGUCGAAAAUAAAGCGAAGAUCGUGGAAAGCACAAACAAAGGGUUGACUUUCUUUCAAGCGGUUAUGAUCAUCGUUUUUUUGAUGCGAUGGGCCAGGAAUAACUCCACCAGACAGCUAAGAAAGCACGAGGCGAGGAAGAAAUUAUUAAGAUAUCUGGACAAAGUGAACGAGAAUAUUAAAAAAGACGAUCUUAAGAUGGAAAGGAAAUUAAAAAGAAUGGAAGAAAAAAUAAAAAAGGAAGAAGAAGAAAUGGAAUUAAAAUGGAAAGAAAAAAGAAGAAAAAUUAGAGAUAAAAUAGCCAAGAACCCAUCGAAAGACACUUUACCCGGUAUAGGCCCAUUCUAUGACAAGGACAAAAGCCUUUUGGAUAAAAAAUUGGAUAUUGUAGAUUCAAAGUAUCAGAAGUAUAAAUAUAAUAAGAAAAGACGAUGGAAUCUUAUGAGGGCAGCUUAUCAUGAGGCGCUGGAGCAGUUACAAUACAAACAGGAAGCGAGGAAAGUGGACAGGUGCAUAGAAAUGUUUUUAUUUGAAGCGAAGUGGAAUUUUGGAACCAAAUCAUUCAAAAAGUACAUGCAGCAGAGACAAAAGCAGUACUAUUUAGAUAAAGUGUUUAUUAUGAAAAAGAGGUUACAGGAAAAAGAAAAGGAGAAGGCGAGGAUUGAGGCAGAAAAAGCAGAAGCAGCAAGAGCGGCAGAGGAGGCUAGAAAGGCAGAAGAAGCAAAAAGGGCAGAAGAGGCAAGAAGAGUAGAAGCGGCAAAAAGAGCAGAAGCGGAAAAAUGGGCAAGGAAGGCAAAAUUCGUAGAAAUGGUAAAAGCGUCACAAAGAGCACAAGCGGCAAAAACGGCAAUAGCGACAGCAGGGGAAAAAGCAGCAAUAGCGGCUAGGGAAAAAGGAAGAAAAGAAGAUGAUGACGAGGAUGACGACGACGAUUUGUGCUAUUAUUUUGUCAAUUAUGAUGAUGAAUAUUAUGAUGAUUCUGAUGAUUAUUACGACUACCAUCCUUCUGUCCACGGCCAUUACGACCAGGAUGAUUAUUAUUCUUAA